AUGCUCCCCAACCACCACAAGUGCUCCCACAACCACAAGUGCUCUACCACAACCACACAUACUACCACAACCACUCCCACCACAACUACAACCAUACAAGGGUGUAACGUAACUUACGAGGUAGAACCGGGAUCCAAAUAUACCUGGAAUACCCCAAAUUACCCGAAAGCGUACCCAGAAGAUAUCACCUGCAGCUUGGAAGUAAAGAUAUCUCAGCAGGGGGUGAAGGCGGUGCUCUUCAUAAAUGAUGGUUAUAUCUACUCCCAAAGACGUCGACCCAGGAGGUGCCCACACGACUACCUCUCCGUGACGGGGGAAACGAGAAAGUACUGCAAUAAAGUGACAGAUAGGAUGUGGACGGUUGAGACAGCAAACGUUCAGCAGAAGACGUUUACCGUGAUCUUCCUCUCCACUUCCGCCGAUGGUAACCGAGUAGGAAGGGGCUUCACCAUGACAAUUACAGGAUCAAAUAUCUGAUGACACUCUUGAAGUCUGCCUGUAACAUAACCACCAGAAGUUAACAUCACCAUGAGAAAUAAGGUAACAAUACCACUAGUAGUUAACAACACCACUAGUGUAGUUAAUAUCACCACCAGUAGUUAACAUCACCACCAGAAGUUAACAUCAGCAUGAAAAGUCAACAUCACCGCCUAAUAUCAAUAAUAAUAUAAUGAUGAUAUUUAUAUAUAUCUGUGUAUUAAACGACAUCUGAACUUUUAUCUUCAUCUUUUUUUUUUUGAGGUAUGGAGUCAAGUUUCACCAAAAUAAAAUAAUAUAUAUAUUUUUUAUUCUAACUUUACAUAACAGCUGAUGAGUUGACUGGAUGUAUUUCACUAUGUAUAAAAGGUCAAAUAACUGACACCUGAAUUUACCAUUGUGUUUCUGCGUUCAAGAGAUAUUGUUUGUCGAGUAUAAAGAAAUAAAAUACUAAUUAUUGUUAUUAUUAUUAUUAUUGUUAUUAUUAGUUGUAGUCGUAGAAGUAUGGUAGCUACUUCUGUAUUAGGAUAUUUAAAUUUAAGGUAAU